AUGUUUCCAAGAUCAACAUGCUUAAACUGCAAGUGCAACAACGUCGUCAUCGAAGGUGCCCAGCCCAGUAAGGCCUACCAUACUGGCUUAUCACUUGCAGAACAGCAUGGUAUCUUGAAAAGAGAAACUCCGAUCUUCCAUGUCCCAAUGUACGCUGUUACUGUUUUCGAUUUUGGAAGUGUUCGUUUCUCUCAAGUAAAUGAUCAUCACAUUGUGAUGUCUUGCUCUUCUUGCAAGAAAACUUACCACCUUUAUCAAUCGAAUGGCAACUUAUUCAUACAGAACUCAAAAUACGUUGACAUCAAAAUUGAUGAGAUGAACGAAACAGCACAACAAAUCGAAAACACAAUACCAGCUACAUUUAUUCCUUUCUUUAAGCGUUUGUCAUCCGAUGACGAAUGCGACUUCGUUGAAAAUGAUGACGAAAACGUCUACGACCAACCAUCAUCAUACCAUACGAUCCGUGGAACAGAAGACGAUGACUACGAUUACAUGUUUUCAGGCACAAUUGUUCCGAUUGUUGGCUCCUACGUUGAAAGCAUGGUCCAAAUCGUUCCAGAGAUAUACGCAUAG